UUAUCCAAUUACGUCCCAACAGUCACAGGCAUUGACCAUUCUAGCCCGACAAAUUCAGACUUUUACUGGUGGCAAGCUUGUGCCGAAGACUCGUUCCCUUCCACCUCGGCACAAUAUGAUUUUGACCAAGAGUCCCACCAUUCUUUAGAGGCCUCUUUCCAGGCAGACGCUGCAGCCCAAUGUGUAGAGUGUGGUCACCUUUUCGCUCUCAGGCCUGACGUCCAAACACUCCUGGAGAGACAAGUCCAAAAGAAAAUAUAUUUAAUGAUGUGGAAGGAAAAGGAAAAGAAAAGAGGCUCUUUACCAAAACAAGUUAGUUCAGACAGCCACCUAAGUUCCUCAGGAAAACUGUUAGAUUCAACUGCUGAUAAGCAUGACUCAGAAGCUGCCCCUCGUUACUGGAGCAGCAAAGGCAAACCAAUGGAACCGCAUGGCCAGCAGCAGGCUUCAUAUCCGCAGACCAGGGAGGACCAUUUAGAGCAAAAUCAUAUCCAGCUUUUCUGGGGGCUCCCAACUUUGCAUAGCGAGUUCUUGUCCCCUGCUGACCAUGUGUUGG